UACGUCUUCCCACUGUUUCAUUCUCACAGACUUUAGAAAGUCCAGCCACAGAGAAGCUUAAUUAACUCUCCACCAGACAAAACACUUCAGCACUGUUAAGGAUCUCAUCAACCAUGUCUUCAUACUGUUGUUUAAUAUCCUGAAACACAACAAGAAGAACAGCAGUGAUUCAUUUUUUUCCCCAACGUGGCUAAUCCUGGAGGUCCAAACGGUAUAAAAGAGGAAGACGGACAUCUCAGAGUCAGAACAGCCUGAACYAUCUUGAGAUCACGUCACCCUGCAACAUCAACCUCUACGAAGAUCCUCAUUCUCCAAGAUGAGAGACUCGGUCGUUUCCGUCAUCUUUGCCUUGGCACUUUUCUUGGAGUGCUACACACCGUCCAUGGCGAUCCCCAUGGGUAAGAUGGAGGACACAGCCUUGGAGCAAGAUACUCUAGACUCCCUACUGAACGAAGAGGUGGCCGAAAAAAACCCUGAUUCAGUCAGAAGCGGGAGCUCCAAGAUCAUCGUGUUGGCAGACUCAGGCCUGUGGAAGAACCUGAACAAAGGACUUCCUCUCUACAACCUGAAAGCUGCAGCUGCAGGGCUUGACAGAACCCUGGACCGCAGAGAGGCCGACCAGGACCUGAGCCCCAGCAUCUCCAUUGUCAGGAGGGACACCAUGAGGUGCAUGGUGGGAAGGGUGUACCGGCCUUGCUGGGAAGUGUAGAUGUGACCAAUGAGCUCGUCCCAUCUCGUCAUUCAUCUGACAGCCAGAUCUACUAUGCUGCAUCUUGUCCUGCCUCAUCUUGAGUUGUAUGAUAUGAUCUUUCGAGUAUGUAUUAUUGUAUUUAGACAAAUUGA